GAACGCUCAGUUGGCAUCGAGAAGUCGCCUCGUGCGGUUUGGCGGCAAACAAACAACAAAUAUACAAAACUAAGUUAAAUACUAAAACAAAAGUCGGAAAGAGAGGGAGAGCGACACUGGCGCCCACUCGCUCGCACACACAGGCGAAUCGCAAAUGCCAUCGGGCGGUUAGUUCAAAACAAAAACCAAAUCAAAGGCGGUGAAAGUCGUAAAAGGCAUAAAUAAUAAAAACAAUAGUACCAAAAAAAAAUAAACAAGAACGGUAACCCGCGACGCCACAACAAUAAUAAUAACACUAAAACCAGCAGCACAGCAAAAACACAACAAACUGUUUGGCUUUGCAUCCCCUGCUGAGUUGCCGGCUGCGAUUGCGCGAAAAACACGUUGGCCCUGAUCGCACGUCACAAUAGCAACAACAAAAAUAACAACAAUAACAACAACAACAACAACAACAAAAACUGCCUAUUAAAGGCAACAACAACAACUUGACCAUAUCAACAAAAAACCAAGAACAACAACAAUGCAAAGGAGAUGAUAUCAGAUCAGAAGAUCAUUAAGUGUCAGAAUCUCCAGAGCCCGGUCUUUUUGACGAGAGAGCCCCUUUUACUUUUUGCGCAACGAAAGCCGUGAACAGUGAACUCUCGACACGUGAACGGGCCGUCGAUCGAGCACAUUGCUCGUGGGAGAUCUGGUUAGGUCCAGUGUUGACCGGUCCGGUCUUAAAGCCCCCCAGUUCGCUGAUAAAAUUACGAAAGGCCCGUCUACAGUGGAGCAAGUGCCAUUGCCGCUGAUGUUGCCAGCGUCGCCGCCGUUGUCGCUCUAACUGCGAACGGUCCGCUGUACCGCUCAACCGCUCUACCGCUGCUCCGCCCCUGGAGCGGGCCAUAAAUUAGGCGGCAAAAUGUCGCAGCUACAUGAGGCCACGGUUAAUUUGGAGAAGCCCCUAAACAAUGGUUACCUGCAGGCCAAUGCGCCGCUGGAGGAGCUGAGUGCCACGGUGGUGUCGCCGCUUUUGGGGCAGCAACAAGUGCCGCCACAUCAGUUGCAACAGCAGCAACAGCAGCAACAGCAACAGCAGCAGCAAAAUAAACUGCCAACUGUCGUUUUUCUGGCGCCCGACGGCAGUGGCGGCGUGGGAAUCCAGCGGAAUCCCGCCCAGGGAACUCCCGGAGGAGGAGGAGGAGGCGGUGGUGGACGCAGCAACAGCGACUGGCUGCUGAAGGAGUCGCAGCAGCGGCGCCGCCUCCUCGUCCUGGCCAUCGCCUUCACCGUUCUGGGAGCGGCGAUCGGGGCACUGGCCAUCUACUUCGCCAGCGUCCACCAGCGAUGCCAGCUCUACCACCUGGAGCCAGGCAACGAUGACAGACCGAAUGGCAGGUGGAGCCAGGAUUCGGGUUCCGCCCACGGAUCGCUCGACAACAUUUGCAUGUCCCAGGAGUGCGUGAGAACAGCGGCCUCCCUGCUUUCGGCCAUGGACCUCAACUCCGAUCCCUGCGAGGACUUUUUCCAGUACGCCUGCGGCACGUGGAACAAGAUGCAUCCGAUUCCCGAGGACCGCAGCUCCAUCAGCACUUUCGAGGUCCUGUCCGACCAGCAGCAGGUCAUCCUGCGCGCCGUCCUUGAGGAGCCCAUCGACGAACGCGACAACCAGGCCACCAUCAAGGCCAAAACCUUCUUCAAAAGCUGCAUGGAUAUACCUCAAAUCCGCAAGAUCGGCACCGGGAAACUGAAGCAGGUGCUGCAAUCGCUGGGCGGCUGGCCGGUCAUCGAGCGGGACUGGCGGGCGCCCAAGGACAUGUCCGUGGAGCGGCUGAUGGGUCAGCUGCGGCUGAACUACAGCGAGCCGGUGAUGAUUGAGCUGUAUGUGGGCGCCGACGACAAGAACAGCUCGGUGAACAUCCUGCAGAUGGACCAGCUGCAGUACGCGCUGCCCUCGCGCGACUACUACCUGAAGGAGAGCAGUGCCAACGACCGGCGGGCGUACCACCGCUACAUGACGCAGGUGUCGCUGCUGCUGGGCGCCGAUCCGGCCACCGCCGCCUCCGAGCUGGAGCAGGUGGUGCUGUUCGAGACGCAGCUGGUGAAUGUCUCGCUGGCGGAGGCGGAUCGCCAUGACACCAGCACAGUGUACCGCAAGAUGUCGCUGCCGGAGCUGCAGCGUCUGGUGCCGGAGGUGCAGUGGCAGGAGUAUCUGCAGGCGGCCCUCGGUCCGGGGAUUCCCCUGCAGGCGGACGAGCCGCUGGUCACCUACGGCCUGCAGUAUCUCACCGAAAUGGGCAAGAUCCUGGCACGCACCGAUCGCCGCGUUGUGCACAACUACAUGCUGUGGCGCCUGGUCAUGUCCCUCAUGUCGCACAUGAUCGACGAGUACCAGCGCGAGCGGGUGGAGUUCCGCAAGAUCCUCAUGGGCAUCCAGUCGGAGAGGACGCGCUGGUCGCAGUGCGUCGAGUGGACCAACAAGAAGCUGGGCGUGGCCGUGGGCGCCCUCUUCAUCCGGGACAACUUCAACCAGGAGAGCAAGGAGGUGGCCCUCGAGAUGAUCCACACGAUUAGGGCGGCCUUCAACGAGCUGCUGGCCGAGAACCAUUGGAUGGACGACGAGACGCGGGCGGUGGCCAAGGAGAAGGCGGACUCCAUGAACGAGCGGAUUGGCUAUCCCGAGCUGCUGACCAAUGCCACCGAGUUGGAGCAGGAGUAUGUGAAUUUAACCAUUGUCCCGGACAACUUCAUCAACAAUGUGCUGAGCAUCCUGCAGUGGGAGUCGGAGAAGAUGCUGCGACUCCUGCGCCAGCCGGUGGACAAGGAAAAAUGGACCACCGAGCCGGCAGUGGUGAAUGCCUUCUAUAAUCCCAAUAAAAACGAUAUAGUAUUUCCCGCUGGUAUCCUGCAGCCCCUGUUCUACAGCCAACACUUCCCCAAGUCCCUCAACUACGGCGGCAUUGGCGUGGUCAUCGGGCACGAGAUCACCCACGGUUUCGACGACAAGGGCCGGCAGUUCGACAAGGAGGGCAACAUGAUGCAGUGGUGGAACAAUGCCACCAUCGAGGCUUUCCGAGAGCGAACGCAGUGCGUCAUCGACCAGUACUCGCGCUACAAGAUCAACGAGGUGGACAUGUUCAUGGACGGCCGGAUGACGCAGGGCGAGAAUAUCGCCGAUAACGGCGGUCUCAAGCAGGCUUUUAGGGCCUACAAGAAAUGGGAGACUUUGCAUGGCCGGGAACAGCAAUUGCCCGGCCUGAACAUGACCCACGACCAGCUGUUCUUUCUCAACUACGCCCAGAUCUGGUGCGGAUCCAUGCGGCCGGAGGACGCUCUGACCAAGAUCCGCUCGGCGGUCCACUCGCCGGGAUUCGUCCGUGUCCUGGGACCGCUCUCAAAUUCGCGCGACUUCGCCCACGCUUACAAUUGCCCGUCGGGCAGCACCAUGAAUCCGGCGGAGAAGUGCAGCGUGUGGUAGUCUGCCGUCGACGGCCGCGGGCCGAUGUUUUUUUUAUAUAUUUAUAUCGCAUACUAUAUAGUAUAUACAUACUUAUAUACACAAUACGAGUACUGUAGAUCAGCAACCAACGCGAUGAGAUUGAGGACCAUCUGUUCUGUUCCAAAUUUUUUUUCUGUUUGUUAUAGCGCAGUAAUGCUUUAUGUACUUUAUACCUGGCUAAUAAGAUUAAUAGUGUGUUUCGUAGCUGUAAACGAGAGUGCGUCAUCGGAGUAGCCCACAAAAACCCUGAAUCGCACUUUCCCACAACCCUCCUUACCGGCAUUAUAUUCGUGAAUAAAGAACAAGUACGGAAAAUGUA